AUGAAGCUGACGUCUGCGCUCGGCGCCAUUGGCGCCUCGGGUCUAUUGCUCUCCGGCGUAGGAGCAGUCGACCUCGACAUCAACUCGCCAGACUCCAUCAAGCAGGCUGCCAAGGCCCUUGCUAUAAACCUCCGGUCUUACUACACUGGUGACCGGCCAGGCGAUGUCCCUGGUAAUCUUCCAGACCCUUACUACUGGUGGGAGUGUGGUGCCAUGUUCAACGCCUUCAUUGAUUACUGGUACUAUACUGGCGAUGACACAUACAACACCAUCACCACGCAAGCUUUGCAGCACCAGAUGGGAGAUGACGGCACUUUCAUGCCUUCAAAUCAGUCCAAGACGCUUGGAAACGACGAUCAAGCCUUUUGGGGAAUGGCCGCUCUGUCCGCAGCAGAGAACAAGCUUCCUGAUCUCCCAGACAACCAGCCCUCUUGGCUGUCUCUAGCACAGGCCGUCUUCAACACCCAGUAUAGGCGCUGGGAGACGACUACGUGCGGCGGAGGUCUGCGAUGGCAAAUCUACACCUUCAACAACGGUUACAAUUACAAGAACACCAUUUCUAACGGCUGCUUCUUCAACAUUGCUGCAAGACUCUACAAAUACCUCGGCAACGACACAUAUGCCGAUUGGGCUGAGAAGGCCUGGGACUGGGAGCAUACCAUUGGACUCAUGAGCGACGAUUACCAUUUCUACGAUGGAACCGACGACACCCAGAACUGUACUUCCAUCAACCAUAUCCAGUGGACCUACAAUGCUGGAAUACAUAUGGCAGGUGCUGCCGCCAUGUGGAACGUGACUCAAAAUGACAAAUGGCGUGGCCGUGUUCAGGGUGUAAUAGAUGGAAUUAAUGUCUUCUUCAAGAACAACGUCAUGACUGAGGUUGCAUGUGAGAACAACGGCAAGUGUGACGUCGACCAGCGUUCCUUCAAAGCCUAUCUCUCUCGCUUCAUCGCAUACACUGCUGCCGUCGCCCCUUGGACUCGUGAUCAACUCAAUCCUCUCAUUCAGGCCUCUGCCCAAGCUGCUGCCAAGCAGUGCAACGGAGGUCCCAACCAGACAUCAUGUGGUCUUCGAUGGAUCGACGGAGGAGUCAACGACGGUAGCUUCGGUGUUGGCGAGCAAAUGUCCGCCAUGGAGAUCAUUCAGUCAUUGCUGUACACUACCAAGCCCGGUCCUGUGACCUUGGACAAGGGCGGUAUCUCCAAGAGCAACCCCAACGCCGGUGACACUUCGACCGAUACGCCUAUUACAUUCAAUGUCGUUACUACUGGUGACAAGGCGGGCGCUAGCAUUUUGACCAUUUUGGUCCUAGUUUCGAUUCUCGUUGGCGCUUGGUGGAUGGUGUCAUAG